AUACAACGAGUUUUAGUAAUUUCUUGUAUUUCUUCUUAUGGUUUAUGCUCCAGGUGAAUUUCGGGUUAAGGAUUUUCGAGAAUUGGGUGAGGGAGAUGAAGACGAAUUCAAGGAUGCGAGACUGUUGGGACGCUUUGAAUUUUGUUUGCUGUGUGGAGUUCUGGAGAAUGGCAGUGUUUUGGACACUUGCUCUUGUCUGCUCCUACUUGCAGCUGUUCUCCAGAGGUUUCUUCUUUCGGAUAUCUCACUCCUACCCGCGUUGUUCUCCGCCGCUGCCUACUCCCAGUUCAAUUUCCAAAACAAACGCACCAACCAGGCCCAUCUGUAUCAUCAUGGGCGUAUGUCAUCCAUCAUUUAUCCCUCUGUUGUUUACUUUUCUUCUCCCUUACCCAUUACUUUAUCCUCCUUUGAUGCUGCAGGCUACAUCUGGUUUGGGUGCUGCAUCUGCCCAUGCUCUUUCCCGUGAAGGCUUCCAUGUCGUUCUUGGUGGACGCUCUUCCUAUCUUCUAUCUAAGACUGUCGAAGAGAUCAGGAAACAGAAUGCUGAUGCCCAUCUCAAAGCAUUUCAGAUUGAUCUGUCAUGUUUCCAAUCAAUCAUGAAUUUCAAAAAUGCACUUGAGCAGUGGCUCUCAGAUUCAAAUAUGCAUCCUUCAGUUCAAGUCCUGAUCAACAAUGCUGGGAUAUUUGCAACAUCAUGUAGAUUCACAAAUGAAGGCUAUGAUCAGAUGAUGGGAACAAAUUACAUUGGUGCAUUUGCUCUGACUAAUCUACUGUUACCACUUCUCAGAAGCAGCCCUGUUCCUUCUCGGAUAGUUAAUGUUACAUCAUUUACCCAUCGAUGUGUGUCUGGUACACAAGUGGAUGAGGAAACUUUGGCUGGGAAGUAUUUCUCAAGAUCAAAACAGUAUCCGUGUGCUCAUAUUUAUGAAUACUCUAAGUUUUGCUUGUUGCUGUUCUCUUAUGAGCUUCAUCGGCGACUAUACUUGAAAGAUAAAUCUUGCAAAGUCUCUGUCUUUGCUGUGGAUCCUGGGGUUGUAGAAACUAACAUCAUGCGGGAAGUUCCAUCAUGUCUUUCUCAGCUGGCUUUUAUGGUUUUAAGACUCCUGGGUCUCCUGCAGUCUCCUGAAAAUGGGGUUGAGUCUAUUGUUGAUGCAACGCUCGCACCUCCAGAAUCAUCUGGAGAGUACUUUUUUGGAGGAAGAGGAAGGACAGUCAAUUCCUCAAAACUUUCUUAUGACCGUGAACUUGCAGAAAAAUUAUGGACCAGUUCAUAUAAGUUGUUUAUAGAGUCGCAGCUUGUGUCCAAGGAUAUUUCUUGAUUGGAACAUCAAUUGGGAAGAACAUUAUUAUUGUCGGAAAUUUUAUCAUCUGUGUGGCUAAAUUAAACAAACCUGCUUACAAGUUACCACAAGAUGUCGGCUUGAUUACACUGGAAAUGGUGAGACUUGAGUCAUGCAAUCAGCUGACCUCAAGUCUUGCAAAAUGGUCUUGGUUGAGUUGAAUUAAGUGCCAUUUGACAUUUGUUUAU